AUGGCCACCAACGGCACCAAAGUGGCGGACGGACAGAUCUCCACCGAGGUCGACGCCUCCAUCACCAACGACAAGCCCAAAACCUUGGUAGUAAAAGUGCAGAAGAAGAAGACGGAUCUUCCCGACCGAGACACCUGGAAAGGGAAAUUUGACUUUCUUAUGUCCUGUGUAGGUUAUGCCAUUGGCUUAGGGAAUGUGUGGAGAUUUCCCUACCUGUGUGGCAAGAAUGGUGGAGGUGCAUUCCUGAUUCCCUAUUUCCUUACUUUAAUUUUUGCUGGAGUGCCACUGUUCCUUUUGGAGUGUUCCCUUGGUCAGUAUACAUCUAUAGGAGGCCUUGGAGUGUGGAAGCUUGCUCCAAUGUUCAAAGGUGUGGGGCUGGCUGCUGCAGUCCUGUCCUUUUGGCUAAAUAUUUACUACAUUGUGAUUAUUUCGUGGGCCAUAUACUACCUGUAUAAUUCCUUUACCACUACCCUUCCUUGGAAACACUGUGAGAACCCCUGGAACACUGAGCGCUGCUUCUCCAACUACACCUUAGCAAACACCACCAACAUGACGAGUGCCGUGGUGGAGUUCUGGGAACGCAACAUGCACCAAAUGACCGAUGGCUUGGAAAAGCCCGGGCAGAUCCGAUGGCCACUGGCAAUCACCCUGGCAAUUGCCUGGAUUCUGGUGUAUUUCUGUAUCUGGAAGGGGGUAGGCUGGACUGGAAAGGUGGUAUAUUUCUCUGCUACUUAUCCCUAUGUUAUGCUGCUUAUCUUGUUCUUCCGUGGUGUAACACUGCCUGGAGCAAAGGAAGGCAUUUUAUUCUAUAUAACUCCCAACUUCAGUAAGCUUUCAGACUCUGAGGUUUGGCUGGAUGCUGCCACACAGAUUUUCUUCUCCUACGGUUUGGGUCUUGGUUCACUGAUUGCCCUUGGAAGUUACAACCCUUUCCACAAUAAUGUUUACAGGGACUCCAUCAUAGUGUGCUGCAUAAACUCAUGCACGAGCAUGUUUGCUGGCUUUGUCAUCUUCUCCAUUGUGGGAUUCAUGGCCAAUGUCACAAAAAGGCCAAUUGCAGAUGUUGCAGCAUCAGGCCCUGGACUGGCAUUCCUGGCUUACCCAGAGGCAGUGACACAGUUGCCCAUCUCCCCUUUGUGGGCAAUACUCUUCUUCUCCAUGCUGCUCAUGCUCGGCAUUGACAGUCAGUUCUGCACCGUGGAAGGGUUCAUCACUGCCCUGGUGGACGAGUUCCCCAAGCUGCUGCGCAACCGCCGCGAGCUCUUCAUCGCCGUGGUGUGCAUCGUGUCCUACGUCAUAGGGCUGUCCAACAUCACUCAGGGUGGAAUCUAUGUGUUUAAGCUUUUUGACUACUACUCUGCCAGUGGAAUGAGUCUCCUGUUCCUUGUAUUCUUUGAGUGCAUCUCGAUAUCCUGGUGCUAUGGUGUUAAUAGAUUUUAUGACAACAUCCAAGAGAUGGUGGGAUACAGACCCUGCAUCUGGUGGAAGCUCUGCUGGUCCUUUUUCACUCCUAUCAUUGUGGCAGGAGUGUUCAUCUUCAGUGCUGUGCAGAUGACCCCACUGACCAUGGGGAGCUACGUGUUCCCAAAAUGGGGCCAGGGGGUUGGCUGGUUCAUGGCCCUGUCCUCUAUGGUGCUGAUACCUGGCUACAUGGCAUACAUGUUCCUAACCCUGAAAGGCUCCCUAAAACAGCGCAUCCAAGUGAUGAUUCAGCCCAGUGAAGACAUCACCCACCCUGAGAACGGGCCAGACCAGGCCCAACAGAGCAACUCUGCCAACAAAGAAGCCUACAUCUAAACUCUUCUCUUGUCCAAGAACCGCUCCUCCUCCAGAAAAACAAAAAAUAUGGUUGAAUAUGACCACAAAUUCACGUCUGAGAAUAUAAUUACCUACCUCUAGUGGCAAAAAAAACAACAAAAAAACACAUUAAAAAAAAGAAAAAAAAAAGAAAAAAAAGCAACAAGGUCAUCUCCACUCCGAGGGAAUCGCCAUGGGUUCGAUCCAGCCGUUGCGAGCUCAGAUGUUUGACAGUGUUUUUGUGUUCUCCAGCAAUCCACAGACUGUUAAUGUUUUUAUCCUUUCACAAUGAUAGUUGCAUACCUUGGAAUUUGUAAGUUGAUGUGCCAGGACCUUUUUAA